CAGCUGCUAUAGCGUCCUGUUCUCCAGUCGUCUCCCGGCGUCCCGGCUCCUAGGCGACGGUACCCAAAGCCGGAGCCGCCACCGGAUCCCCGGUCUUGUAGGUGAUGUUCUCCAAGCUCUAAGGAAGAAGUCAAGCAAGGAUUGAGAGGGUCUGGAGAAGAGGCUUUCUUAAAUGAAGACAAUGACCAGAGAAAACUGGGCCCACAAUGCUCUGAGACAAGAGGGUCUUGUCAAAGGGAAGGACGAUACCUGGAAAUGGGGAACCAGCUUCCAAGGGAGCAGCUCCUCUGUUUGGGAGACCUCCCAUCUGCACUUUAGACAAUUACGAUACCAUGAGACAUCUGGACCCCAGGAGGCACUGAGCCGGCUCCGGGAGCUCUGUCGCCGGUGGCUAAGGCCAGAAGCACGCACCAAGGCCCAGAUCCUGGAGCUUCUGGUGCUGGAGCAGUUCCUGAGCAUCCUGCCUGGGGAGAUUCGGACCUGGGUGCAGAUCCAUCGCCCUGGGAGUGGUGAGGAGGCCGUGGCCCUGGUAGAAGAGCUGCAGAAAGAUCUUGAUGGACCAGCACUAAAAGUUCCAGUCCUUGUCCAGGACCAGGACACUCUCCGGGAGGGCAUACGCACUCUAGGAAGAGCACUUCCUCAGGCACCCACUGGUUGCCACAUUUCCGCUGAAAUUUGUCCAAAUCCUCUUCCUGACCCAGUGGUGUUCAGCCUCCAGGAUCCUCAACAUGAUUAUCCUGCCCCUGAAGCUUCUGUCCUUUCCCAGGAAGAGAACCCAAGAAAUCAAUUAAUGGCACUUAUGCUCCUAACAGCCCAGCCCCAGGAGUUGGUGAUGUUUGAGGAGGUAUCAGUAUGCUUCACUGCAGAGGAAUGGGCAUGUCUGGGCCCAAUUCAGAGGGCCUUGUAUUGGGAUGUGAUGCUGGAGAAUUAUGGAAAUGUGACCUCCCUAGAAUGGGAGACCAUGACUGAGAAUGAAGAGGUGUCUGCAAAGUCAAGCGUAUCUCAAAGAUCUGAUUCUCAGAAAGGAACAUCCAGAAGACCUCAAGGAGGUAUUCCCCAGGUCCUUGACUUUGAGAAAGAGUGUGCAUGGCAAGCUUUGGCCAGUCAGUGGGGAAAUGAAACAAGUGAAAGAGAUACACCGAAGAAAGGUUCCCUCCGUGAACGAGAGAGGAAGAAAAGGACUCUGCCAGGAAGACGAGGCCAAAAGGGGAAGGAAUUUGGAGAAAGCUUGAUUUUGAGUUCAGCUCUUUCUGAAAGUUUAAUGGGUACUGAAGGAAAGAAGUUUUAUAAAUGUGAUAUAUGUUGUAAACAUUUCAAUAAAAUCUCCCAUCUUAUAAACCACCGGAGAAUUCACACUGGCGAGAAACCUCAUAAAUGUAAGGAGUGUGGAAAAGGCUUUAUUCAGCGCUCAAGCCUUCUAAUGCAUUUACGGAACCACUCUGGGGAGAAACCUUAUAAGUGUAAUGAAUGCGGGAAAGCCUUCUCUCAAAGUGCUUACCUCCUAAACCAUCAGAGAAUCCACACUGGGGAGAAACCUUAUAAAUGUAAGGAGUGUGGAAAGGGCUUCUAUAGGCACUCAGGCCUUAUUAUACAUCUAAGGCGCCACUCUGGAGAGAGACCUUAUAAAUGUAAUGAGUGUGGGAAAGUUUUCUCCCAGAAUGCUUACCUCAUUGACCAUCAGAGGCUCCACAAAGGGGAAGAACCUUAUAAAUGUAACAAGUGUCAGAAAGCUUUCAUCCUGAAGAAGAGCCUCAUUCUGCACCAGAGAAUCCACUCCGGCGAAAAACCCUAUAAAUGUGAUGAAUGUGGCAAAACUUUUGCUCAGACCACUUACCUUGUUGAUCACCAGCGACUUCACAGUGCAGAGAAUCCAUACAAAUGUAAAGAAUGUGGAAAAGUUUUCAUUCGAAGCAAAAGCCUCCUUUUACACCAGAGAGUACACACGGAAACAAAGACCUUUGGUUGUAAAAAAUGUGGGAAGAUAUUCAAUUCUAAAUCAAACCUCAUUGACCAUAAGAGGAUGCAUAGCAGAGAGAAGCCUUAUAAAUGUACUGAAUGUGGGAAAGCCUUCACUCAGAGUGCUUACCUUUUUGAUCACCAGAGACUCCACAAUGGGGAAAAGCCCUAUGAAUGUAAUGAAUGUGGGAAAGUUUUCAUUUUAAAGAAAAGCCUCAUUUUACAUCAGAGGUUCCACACUGGAGAGAAUCUCUAUGAAUGUAAAGAUUGUGGCAAGGUCUUUGGUUCUAACAGAAACCUGAUUGACCACGAGAGACUCCACAAUGGGGAGAAGCCCUAUGAAUGUCGUGAGUGUGGGAAAACUUUCAUUAUGAGCAAGAGUUUCAUGGUCCAUCAGAAACUUCAUACACAGGAAAAAGCCUACAAAUGUGAGGAUUGUGGGAAGGCUUUCAGUUACAAUUCAAGCCUGCUGGUGCAUCGAAGAAUCCACACUGGGGAAAAGCCCUUUGAGUGCCGUGAGUGUGGAAGAGCUUUCAGUUCUAACAGAAACCUCAUUGAACAUAAGAGAAUCCACAGUGGUGAGAAACCGUAUGAGUGUAAUGAGUGUGGCAAAUGCUUCAUUCUGAAGAAAAGCCUCAUUGGACAUCAGAGGAUUCACACAAGGGAAAAAUCAUAUAAAUGCAGUGAUUGUGGGAAAGUCUUCAGUUACCGGUCAAACCUUAUAGCCCAUCAGAGAAUCCACACUGGCGAGAAGCCCUAUGCAUGUAGUGAGUGUGGGAAAGGCUUUACUUACAACAGAAACCUUAUUGAACAUCAAAGAAUUCACAGUGGGGAGAAAACCUACGAAUGUCAUAUAUGUAGAAAAGUCCUUACCUCUAGCAGAAAUCUAAUGGUACAUCAAAGAAUCCACACUGGAGAAAAACCUUAUAAAUGUAAUGAGUGUGGAAAAGACUUCAGUCAAAAUAAAAACCUUAUUGUACAUCAGAGAAUGCACACGGGGGAAAAACCUUAUGAGUGUGAGAAGUGUAGAAAAUCGUUUACUUCUAAAAGGAAUUUAGUUGGCCACCAGAGAAUCCACACAGGGGAGAAACCAUAUGGGUGUAAUGAUUGUAGUAAGGUUUUUAGGCAAAGAAAAAACCUUACUGUGCAUCAGAAAAUUCAUACAGUUGAAAAAGUCUGUGAAUGUCAUGAGUCUGAAAAAGAAUUCUCUCACACGUCAAACCUUCCUCUUCAACAAAAAAUCCAUACCAUGGAAGAAUUCUCUUGGCUUCAAAAUGCCAACGAGUUGAGCCCAAGAUAGAGAUUCAGAAAAUCUAGUGUCAUGUAAAGUGGAAUAGAAUUCCUACCUAUUUAAGUAAUUGUUGGAAAAAUGGCAAUAUAUGGCUCUUUUUGUUGUUAAU